UUAUUGGAGCAAUCUAAUGUUCAGCUGGAAGGAACGGGAGCAGCCGGUGGAAGCUGGAAAAGUCGUGUUUAUUGUAUUAGGAAGUUAGGAAGCCUUGUUUUCAGUUGUGUCCUGUCAGUGUGUAACCUGUCGUUGUGCAGUGUCUGUGGGUGCGAACAACAAGUUGGGAACAUGCAGUAAGGUACUGAUCCAAUCCCAGAUGUACAGAGUCCUCUCAAGUUCUUUGAGUUGUGAAACAGGACCCCGGAUGACAGGUUAGUGUGGGCAAAGGCAGGAAACCCGGGCAACACAGAAAGACCCUGCGUACCUCAAAGAGGUGCUGUUUGUCCGAAGGGGUCGAAGAAAAGGGCUGUGUACAAGUGUUGGGAAUUUGCCUGACGCGAAUGAUUGUAUUUUGUCAGAAGCCGGGACUUGCAGGAUCUGUGUGGUGCGUUGUGUAGCGGAUCUCUAAAAGUCGCAUAGGUACUUUGGGACAGACAUUUUGAAGUUGUACCCUACAGAUGUGGCAUAUUCUCGGCAUAUGCUCUCGAAUGUAACACUGGAAAACAUUUGAAGUUUUUUGUAUGCAUUUUCAGUAUUUACUUCAGAAAAGGUGAUUGAUGGAUACCGUUACCAUGCUCCGAAACUUCUAGCAGGGAUACUGACCUAAAGGAAAUCCACUGGUGAAGGAAUAUUGAUGCUGUAUAGUUCCUUAAGGACUUUUUCCUCUGGUUGCUAAGGAAUUUAAAAAUGGCCUUUCUUCUUUUCAACAUGUCUGUCAUCCUUUUGCUACUUUGCUGUGAGCUUUGCCACAGUUCAGAUGACAGCAAUGACACCAGAGACCAUCAGCUGAUCCAGAAGAGUCUCAGUGAGGUGACUGAUGUUCCCUACUCCAGCAGUGUCCUUAGGGAUCCAAUCACUCCACAGGAAGCUGCAACCUCAGAUGCUCUUAUGAAGUCCGAUUCUUCAAGUGCCAACAGAAGCAACACUCCUAACAGAAAACAACCCCCAAUCUGCUCUCAAAAAAUCCAGAUCAGCACUCUGUUUAAGUACAUCAACACGGUCAUAUCUUGCAUUAUUUUUGUCCUGGGGCUGGUAGGAAAUGCAACACUCCUCCGGAUCAUUUAUCACAAUAAGUGUAUGAGGAAUGGUCCUAAUGCACUAAUUGCCAGCCUGGCACUAGGAGAUCUUAUAUACAUUGUUAUCGAUAUCCCAAUCCAUGUUUUCAAGAUUCUAGCUCAGAGGCAUCCAUUUGAGUUCAGUCCAUUUGGAGAUUUUCUCUGCAAGCUGUUUCCAUUUCUACAGAAAGCCUCGGCAGGGGUUACAGUCCUCAAUCUUUGUGCUCUCAGUAUAGACAGAUAUCGUGCAGUAGCCUCCUGGAGCCGAGUGCAAGGAAUUGGCAUUCCUCUGACCACAGCUGUUGAAAUAGUAGUUAUUUGGAUGUUGUCUUUCACAUUAGCUGUUCCUGAAGCAGUAGGCUUUAAGAUGCAUAACCUGACACGUCAUAAUACAGAGCACAGAGUGUGUCUGCUACUUCCAACAUCAAAAGUCGUGCAGUACUACAUAGAUGCAAAAGAUUGGUGGUUAUUUGGCUUUUACUUCUGCAUGCCGCUUGUGUGCACUGGAAUAUUCUACACCCUGAUGACAUGUGAAAUGCUGAACAGGAGAAAUGACAGCAUACGAAUAGCCUUAAGUGAACACCUCAAACAGCGUCGUGAAGUUGCAAAAACAGUGUUCUGUUUGGUUCUGAUCUUUGCCCUUUGCUGGUUCCCUCUUCAUCUCAGUCGCAUAUUGAAGAAGACAGUAUAUGAUGAGACAGAUCCAGAUCGUUGUGAGCUACUCAGUUUCUUAUUACUGCUGGAUUAUAUCAGCCUUAACUUGGCAACAAUAAACUCUUGCAUCAACCCCAUUGCCUUGUACUUCGUGAGCAAAAAAUUCAAAAACUGUUUCCAGUCAUGUUUAUGCUGUUGGUGUCAGCCAAUGACGCUCAUGAACACUGUGCCAAUGAAUGGAACAAGUCAGCAGUGGAAAAACCAUGAACAGAACAACCACAAGUUAGAAUGCAGCAGUCGAAAGGCCAUUACAUACUGAGCAGGUCAAGAUAACAGACAAGAACAACAUUCAAGGCUGAGAAUGUCUAAACACUGCUAUUGCAUUGGAACAUUUAAAGUUUUCACAAGACAUUUGAAUCUUAAAAGUGGGCUUGUAUCUAAAAUCACUUCCAUCUUGUAUUCAGGUUUGCAAUGCUGCUACAAGAAAUUAAACUGUGUGACUGCUGGCA